UCAAACGUGUUGACGCAAUCUGCGCCGUGACGUCUGACGUCGUCGCGGUAGCUGCGAUGAUGACGACGGGAUUCCACAGUGGGACUGGCCGAUUCUGCAAAUGGCUACUAGGUGCUAUUUGUCGAUUUGUUCGUCGUUAAUCUUCUCUCCUGCGGCUCGGAAGAAGGCGUACACCCGCUCUGCCUCGCAGGCUGCCCCCAGGUUUCAAUGUCAUAACACUGAGUGACGCAGGCAGUGUGGGAUCAUCCUAAACAAACCUCACCUCAUUGCUGUUAGGAGUUUGACUGACGACCGCAAGAGAGAGCGAGCAAGUGGUAGAAGACACGACAGUGUUGCACCCGCACUCCUUCACCGGGGCUAUGGAGGAGGAGGAGCAGCAGAGUCUGGAGUGCAUCCAGGCCAAUCAGAUCUUCCCUCGCAAGCCCCCUGUCCUGGACGAUGAUGAUCUUCAGGUGCCCUACCCAGAGCUGCAUGGAGAGUAUACAAAGUUUGUGGGCAGGGCGGAGGAUGCCAUCAUCGCCAUGUCCAGCUACCGCCUGCACAUCAAGUUCAAGGAGUCGGUUGUUAAUAAUUGUUCGUGUGAGGUGUCAGUUCCCCUGCAGCUGAUAGAAAGUGUAGAAUGUCGGGACAUGUUCCAAAUGCACAUCACCUGCAAAGACUGCAAGGUCAUCAGGUGUCAGUUUUCCACAUUUGAGCAGUGUCAGGAGUGGCUGAAGAGGCUGAGCGCUGCAGUCCGUCCCCCGUCCCAGAUAGAGGAGCUCUUUUCCUUCCCCUUCCAUGCAUGGUGCGUGGAGAAGGAGCAGCACGGGGAUCUGUGUAGGCCAGGUGAUCAUGUGAUGUCACGUUUCCAUAACGAGGUGGAGCGGAUGGGCUUCGAUACUCUGAAUGCCUGGAGAGUGUCGGAGAUCAACAACAAGUACAAGUUGUGUUCCAGCUACCCUCAGCUGCUGCUGGUGCCAGCCUGGAUUACUGAUAAAGAGCUGGAGAAUGUGGCCGCCUUCCGCUCCUGGAAGAGGAUUCCGGCCGUGGUUUACAGGCACCAGAACACGGGAGCAGUGAUCGCUCGCUGUGGUCAGCCUGAGGUCAGCUGGUGGGGCUGGAGGAACGCAGAUGAUGAGCACCUGGUGCAGUCCAUCGCCCGAGCCUGUGCUGUUGACAGCAGUUCCUGUAAAGGCGUCUCCAACGGCUCCUUCUCCCGCGAGUACACAAACGGAGCUGACCUCUCAGAUGUGGACUUCGACUCGUCCAUGACUAACAGCUCAGAGGUGGAGACACUGGCCAUCCAACCUCGAAAGCUACUGAUCCUGGACGCCAGGUCAUACGCCGCUGCUGUAGCCAACAGAGCCAAAGGAGGAGGGUGUGAAUGCCCAGAGUACUACCCGAACUGUGAGGUGGUGUUUAUGGGUAUGGCCAACAUCCAUUCCAUCCGCAAGAGUUUCCAGUCUCUGCGCUUCCUCUGCACACAAAUGCCUGAUCCAGCCAACUGGCUGUCUGCUCUGGAGAGCACAAAGUGGCUGCAGCAUCUGUCCCUCCUGCUCAAGGCGUCUCUCCUCGUUGUGAACGCUGUGGACCGCGACCACAGGCCUGUACUGGUGCACUGCUCAGACGGCUGGGAUCGCACCCCUCAGAUAGUGGCGCUGGCCAAAGUCCUGCUGGACCCCUACUACCGCACCAUUGAGGGUUUUCAGGUGCUGGUUGAGACUGAGUGGUUGGACUUCGGUCAUAAGUUCGCAGACCGUUGUGGUCACGGAGAGAACGCGGAGGACUUGAACGAGAGAUGUCCUGUCUUCCUGCAGUGGUUAGACUGUGUGCACCAGCUCCAGAGACAAUCCCCAUGUUCCUUCGAGUUCAACGAAGCCUUUCUGGUGAAGCUAGCGCAGCACACGUACUCGUGUCUGUUCGGGACGUUCCUGUGUAACAGCAGGAAGGAGAGAGAGGACAGACACAUCCAGGAAAGAACCUGCUCCGUUUGGUCUCUCCUCAGAGCCGCCAACCGCUCCUUCAGAAACAUGCUGUAUUCCUCUCAUUCAGAGACCGUGCUUCAUCCUGUGUGUCAUGUACGCAAUCUCAUGUUAUGGACAGCAGUUUAUCUACCCAGCUCUUCACCCACAACUCCUUCUGAUGACUCCUGCGCCCCCUACCCUGCACCUGGUGCCAACCCUGAGGACCAGCCCCUCGGCAGGCGUCCUAAAACCCGCUCCUUCGAAAACCUGCCCAGCGCUUGUGAAGUUGGAAACCCGCUGACCUCCAAUCGACGUUCCAGCGACCCCAGUUUGAAUGAGAAAUGGCAGGACCAUCGCAGGUCUCUGGAGCUCAACAUCGGGACAGGAGCUGACGGUGCUGCAUCUCCAGACUCAGAUGAGAGGGUCAAUGGACAAACUGUGGUGGGGCUUAUGGGAACAUUGCCCAAUGGGGGCACAGAGAAUGGGGAGGGGCUUGGGGAUGCCAGGUUGCCAAUGAUGGAGGGCGUUGAUGAGGCGGAGCUGACAGUUGGUGUAGCUGUGGGCCAAAUGGAGAACAUUCUCCAGGAAGCUACAAAAGACGAUUCGCCACCAGAUAGCCGCAGAGACACAAAGACAGACCACACGAACGAAACCUCAGCUCUAAACGGCCAGAGUCAUAAUGUUGCACAUUCAGAAGAGGCACAACUAAAUGCUGAAGCUCAAGAGGGCAAAGCUAAAAGCCUUGAAGAUGCAAAUGUCAAUGGACAUUUUUCACAAGAUGGUAGUUCUGAAGCAUCUUCUGCUCUCAGCCCGGAAACCUCGAGAAGCCCAGACUUAGAAGAAGCACUUGAGAAAUGCACGAUACAAGAACACAAUCCUUCUUGUAACACAAAUGAUGUCCCUCCCCAUGGCCUCAGGACUGUGAGUAACGGCCAUGGGCGAGAAACCAUUGAGCAGCAGAAACGUCUUUCUCUUUUGGAGAGCUCCACAGAGACGCUUACGGAGGACUUCGGCGUCCGACCUCAGAGUCUGAGACCUUUAACUAUUCCACCUCCUCUUAAAGCCCUCGCCGAAUCAUCGUGCCUCAAACAGGGUCUCCGCACCUCAACCGACCCUAGGACUUUAAGCAACACCCCCAAACGGCCAUCUCUCAGUGCCUUUCCUCCCUCCACUGACCUCCUCCACCCCGUGUGCAACGGAGACACCCCCGACCUCGAGCCCUCCAUGCCACAAUGGGCGGCGCGCACAAACGGGGAGCGGGCAGCACUCAGCCGACAAGUAUCACUCGCCAGCUGCGGCUCGCUGACCCUCCACGCACGGGGCGCCUGCUCCCACCAUCGCUGCCUGCACUUGGGGUUUCUGGGCCGGCCGAGCUUCAGCCCCCCAGAACCCCCUUCGGCCCGGAGCCAUUUGGACGAUGAUGGGUUGACCCUGCACACAGACGCCGUUCAGCAGCGGCUGCGGCAGAUCGAGGCCGGUCACCAGCUGGAGGUGGAAGCUCUGAAGAGGCAGGUACAGGAGCUCUGGAGCCGUCUGGAGAGCCACCAGGCCGCUGGGAUGCUGCGACUCAAUGGAGACAUGGGUGAUGAAAUGACCUCAAUCGUAGACUCCGACUUCAACCUGGAGCCCAACUGUCUGUCCCGCUGCAGCACUGAACUCUUCUCUGAGGCCAGCUGGGAGCAGGUGGACAAUCAGGACACUGAGGUGACCCGGUGGUACCCGGACCAUCUGGCUGCUCAGUGCUACGGCUGUGAGAGAGGAUUCUGGCUGGCCACUAGAAAGCACCACUGCAGUGGCAAGGAGCGUAUGGAAGAGGUUUGGAAUUGUGGGAAUGUGUUCUGUGGCAGCUGUUGCGAUCAGAAGAUCCCGGUGCCAAGCCAGCAGUUGUUUGAGCCCAGUCGUGUGUGUAAGUGGUGUUUCAGCAACCUGCAGCCUCCCGCGCCGCCUCUGAACAUCGAGCUGGACAAACCCAUCACCGCCAGCUCCAACUGAUCCAGACAGACAGCUGCUGAGGACACACGGCACCAGACCGAGGCUCCAGAAGUCACUUCUGUCCCACCCCAAAGGGAAUCAUGUAUAUAUGGAUGGAUGUGGAGAGCAGAGGACGCUUAGCACUUUCAGAAGAGACAGGGUGCGAUUGAACUUGUCCUGUACCUGCUGCAUAAAGGGAAGCUUUUCUCCGACGGCCAGCGGACGGUUUGCAAAAGCAGGAUCUCUUAACUCGUCAUCUCACAAAGACAGAUUAUCAGUGACGUCCUGAGAAAGGUGCUUCUGGGACGAGACCGCAAGAUCCUAGCUUUGUUUUUGGGUUCUCAUCUCUUUCAACAAUCUGCUUCGCGGGCUUUUCGUUUUCUUUUUGAGGUGAGCCUCUCGAACGCAUUGGAUUUCCCAAAUAAUUCCAGACUCUUGUUAGUUUCUUUCUCGGAUAGAAAGCAUUCUCCCUCUGGCUAAUGUUGACUGUGUAGUGACCGGCCGCUAGAUGGCGCUCUUGUUUUUCUGAUCUGCUGUGUGGACGUUAGCUGACGUUUUCACUAGUGCAUUUUUUUUGUAACAUAAAUGAGAUAAUAUAUUAGAAUGAUAUAAGAAUGAGACGUAUAGCAUUUAAGAUGAGAAAUUGUAUAGAAUUCUUGAAUAGUGGCUCACUAAAUUAGUCACCAAAUAUAAGUUGUGUUGUUUUUUUCCCCAGUUGUAGCCAUUCGGGGUUUUUCUUUUUAAUGUAUUUCUUAUGGACAGGGGAA